AUGCUCCUCCCGUCAUCCCUCACAACCAUCACCGCCCUCCUCGCCCUCCCGGCCGCCGUUCGAGCCGUCUUCAGGGAUGAGGUUGGCGAUGUCGACUUCCACUACGAGCUCCUCGGCCUGCCACAGCGCGAGACCACAUUCUUCCACCGGCCGAGGCCCGAGGACAAGGCCAGCCUGCUCUACACGCUCAGCGACGUCGGCGUCCUCGGCGCAGUGAACCCGAGCAGCGGCGGCGUGGUGUGGAGGCAGCUCAUCGGCGGCAACAUCACAAAUGGCGGCGGGCACCUCAGGGCCGGCGACGGGGAGAGCUGGGUCGCCGGCGCAUACGGCGGCGCGGUGCACGCGUGGGACGCCAUCGGCGGGCGGAAUGUCUGGUGGAAGGACUUUGCCGGGGAGGUCAAGGACUUGGAGGUCAUGGAGGUGACUGAGAAGGGCCGCAAGGAUGUCUUGGCCCUGUACAACGAGGACGGGUCCACGACCCUGAGAAGGUUGAACAGCGCCGAUGGCAGCGUGGUCUGGGAGUUCAAGGAGACGAGCAAGGACCUGCCCCUUCAGGUCAGCACCAACGUCGAGAAGGUCUUCGUGAUCAGCCUGCACGGCAACCUCCUGUCGUACAGCCUCAAGGUCACAAUUCUCGACACCCUGACGGGCAAGCGGCUGGACGAGAUCACCAUCGGCACCAAGGGCGACGUCAACGGCGAGAAGGAUGUCAUGUUCGUCGGCGCCAACUCGGCCGCGCCGAUCGUCGCCUGGACCGAUGACUCGCUGACCAAGCUCCGAGUCAACGUCUUGGGAACCAGAAAUACGCAGGAGUUUCCGCUCGUCGCCGACACCACAUCUGUGGAGAUCCACGCGCCUCACCUCGCGCAAUCGCAGCCGCACUUCCUCGUCCUCAGCCGGACAAAAGUCGGCACCAAGGCCGAGGUCUUCCACGUCGACCUGAAGAGCAAUGCUAUCAAGCGGGCGCAUGAGCUUCCUCACCUCGCUGGGCCGGGAGCCGUCUCGACCAGCUCGGACGGCGCGAACGUCUAUUUCACCCGCAUCACGGAAAACGAGAUGACACUGGUCUCCUCGGGCUCGCACGGUGUCCUGGCCCGCUGGGACGUUAAGACUGGCAACUACAAGGCAGGCGCGGUACACGCUGUUUCUGAGGUCAUCAAGAAGCCCGGGGAUGAAUUUGCCGUCCGGUCGGCCGUUUUGACCGAUGCAGACGAUUGGGUCUUGUUGCAGAACGGCAAUCUGGGCUGGUCUCGUCCCGAGGGUCUGAGUGGUGCUGUCGCUGCCGCCUGGGCUGAGAUCCCCGAGUCUGAGGACUUGGUCAAGACCCUUGAGGCAGAGGCACAUGACAACCCUCUGUCUGCUUAUAUCCAUCGCGUUACCAGGCAUUUCGAUGACCUGCAAUACCUGCCGGGCUACCUUUCUUCGAUCCCUGAGCGCCUGCUGGGUAGCAUUAUUGGCACUGAGGCUUCGAAGAAAACCGCCCUGUCACGAGACAGCUUUGGCUUCAACAAGAUCGUCGUCCUCGCUACACGUCGAGGCAGGCUCUAUGGCCUCAAUGUUGGAGACCAGGGCAAGAUGAUCUGGUCACACCGGGCCUUCAGCCUCGCGCCCGGGGAGACUUGGAACGUUAAGGGUGUUGAUGUCGACGACGCCAAAGGUUUGGUCACUGUCCGCGGCGCAACAGGUGACUAUGUCGUUGUCAAGACGGACACUGGCAAGAUCACCGAGAUCACAGCACCCGGAUCACGGCCAGCUGUAUUGAGCACCGCCAAAGUCGACACUCCUUCCGGCAAAUUCCUGCUCUCUGUCGGUGCCGAUGGUAAGGUCGGUGAGAUCCCGGCGGGUUUGGCGCCGAAGCAAACUGUUGUUGUACAUGCCAAUGGCGAACUCAGGGGAUUGAAGUUCGUCGUCGAGGGCGAGCAAGCCCACGAAGAAAUCGCUUGGACGUUUUCGGCCGCUGGCUCGCAGCGCAUCGUCGACAUUGCAUAUCGAUCAUCACACGACCCCGUCGCAUCGAUUGGUCGGGUUCUUGGAGACCGGACAGUCAAGUACAAGUAUCUGAAUCCUAACACGAUCGUCGUCGCCACCGCGGAUGACGCCGCUUCGACCUUGACGACAUACCUCCUGGACACCGUAUCCGGCCAGAUCCUCUCUUCUGCCACUCAAGAAGGCAUCGACACGGGCAAGCCCGUCCACUGCGCCAUCUCCGAGAAUUGGUUCGCCUGCUCCUUCUUCGGCCAGUAUGAGCUCCGAGACAACGCCGCGCAAAGCCUGAAGGGCUACCAGCUGACCGUCUCCGACCUCUACGAGUCCGAGCUGGCAAACGACAGGGGCCCAUUAGGAGACUCCGCCAACUUCUCGUCACUCAAGCCCAUCGACAACCCCACCGGCCCCGCGCUGCCAUCCGUCGUCUCGCAGACCUUCAUCCUCGCGGCGCCCGUCUCGGCGCUGACCGUCACAGAGACGAGGCAGGGUAUAGCGACGCGCCAGCUGCUGGCCUACCUUCCCGAGACGCACGGCAUCUACGGAAUCCCGCGCCACGUGCUCGAGCCGCGGCGCGUCGUGGGCCGCGACCCGACGCCCGUCGAGGCCGAAGAGGGCCUCAUGAAGUACCACCCGGCCAUCGAGGUCGAUCCCAAGUUCAUCAUCACGCACGAGCGCGACGUCGUCGGCGUGCGCCAGAUCAUCGCCGCGCCGGCCAUCGUGGAGAGCACCAGCCUGGUGUUCGCGUUCGGCAUCGAUGUCUUCGGGACGCGGGUCGCGCCCAGCUUUGUCUUUGACAUCCUCGGCAAGGGCUUCAACAAGGUCUCCCUGCUCGGGACGGUUGUGGCGCUGACGGCUGGUGUCAUGGUGUUGGGUCCGAUUGUCCGGAGGAAGCAGAUCAACAUGCGUUGGAAGCCAACGCAGUGA